UCAUUUCUUCGCUCAUCUCUAAAUAUCCCUAGCUGAUCUAAAACCGCUUUUGACCGAAAGGGACACUUUUUGGACGCCAUGGACGUUUCUCAGUUUCCAGGCAGAAAGAACAGUAAAAAUGCAGACAGGGGACAGGACAAAGCACUCGGGACAAAAUGUAUGUGUAUGUAAAAUCGUUUUGAAAAAAAUGACAUUUUUUUUAAAUUUUCAAAUUUCCCGCCAACGGCGGCGCCCGUACGUCCCGACGUCACAGGGACCGGAACACAGGAGCCGGAUGCCAGCAUCGGCCGGAGGAGAUGGCCGGGGACGCUGCAGGGGACAC